AUGAAGGAUAGGAGUGACAAUAAGGAGAAGAGACGAGGAAGAGAGGGGGCUGGUGAGAAAGAGAGGGAGAGAUCGAAAAGCAAGGACAGGCAUAAGGAGAAGAAGAGGGAUGAAGCGGAGAAGGGGGAGGGGAAGGAGGGAGAGAGGGAUGAGGGGAAGGAGGGAGAGAGGGAUGAGGGGAAGGAGGGAGAGAGGGAUGAGACGAAGAAGCAUUCGUCUCGUUCCAGUACAAGCAGGUCGGAUAGAGAGUCGAGAAAGGAGCGGGAGGGAAGCAGCAAGGAGAGCAGCAGUAAGAGGGACAGCAAGAGAAGUAGUAAAGAAAGCAGUAAGGAAAGAAGCAAGGGGAGCAGCAGGUCGAGCAAGGACAAGGAAGCGAAAAAGAGCAAGCAUGGGACUAAAGAGGGGAGGGAUCCUGAGGGGGCUGAAAGCAUGGAUGCUAGUAUUGCAUCUGAGAGUGUGGGUGGGUCGAGCAGGCGAGGGGAGGUGGAGAGUCAAGAAGGAACGGAGAGGAGUUGUAGCAUUGGGGAGGACGGGUUCCACCCAGGCUUCUGGGAAACCCUUGCUGCUGGUGGCAGCACUGCUGGUGCUUCUGGUACUGCUGCUGGUGCUGCUGCUGAUGUUGCCGCUGAUGGUGCUGCUGACGAGGAAUCAUCCACACAGAUGCCACCUAAGACUCCUAAAACCCUUCUGGGGGGUUUCGGGGGUUCAGGGUUCAACAGCCGCAGCACGGGCAGUAAAGACUCGCUCUCUCGACUGAGCACCUCGUCGCGACCCUCCACCUCCCUCUCCUCGCGUCCCGGCACGUCGUCUCGCAAGUCUGGAGCGUCGAGCUUGAAUUUCGUGGAGAGCGAGUUUGAUGCGAUUGUGCAGGAGUUUUCUCGGUCGAAAUCGACGGGCUCGAAAGGGGUUUCGGGGGGGAGACGAGCGGGGGAUGGGAGGAAAGAGGGGGGAGGGCUAGUGGAGGAGGAGGGGGAAGGGGAGAGGGGAGAGGAGGGUGAGGGAGAGGGAGAGGGAGAGGGAGAGGAGGAAGUGGGGACGUAUGGGAAGGAGCCGGUUUUGAGAGGCGAAGGGAAGGAGGGGAAGGAGGGGAAAGGGGAGGCGAAGGGGGAGAGGAAAGGAGCAGCAGGAGGGGCGGCUGGACGUGCAGCAACAGCAAUGGCUGCCGCGUUUCGCGAGACCUCUCAAAGGGCUGUAGCGACAGCUUCAUUCGCGCCACCCCCCUCGCCCCGAGUGCUUCUAUCGAAGGUGGAGAAGCUGUGGAAAAACUCGGGGAGAAGGUCACAAGGGAAAGGAGGAGCAGGGGGUGGUGGUGAGUGUUCAGAUGUCCUUGUUAUAUCCCAUGAGGGGGAGGAAGAGACGGAUCCAGUGGAAAUGUUAAGGCGGGUGGAAGAGGAGCAAAAGAAGAGAGGAUCUGUGGGGGCGCAGGGGUGGGGGGCGAUUGGGCAUUUGAAUGCGGAUGAUAGGAGGAUGUUUUGGAGGCCUUCUUUGCCGCGGUUGGAGGAAGCCGUGGCGCAGCAGUAUCCGCUAUGUCCUUUAACGAAGCAGCCGCCGUCGCUUCCAACAGUCCCGUACCGCCGCUGCAUGGAUGCCGCGGCUGCGUCGUGCUGCACGGACUGCAAGGAGAUUCAAAACGCGCUUGCGGGGGUGUCGGCGAACGUUUCGAUCAUCAUGCCGCAGCUGCUCACGCCGCUAGGGCCCAUGAAUGAAGUCGACUACUCGGGAACUACGGCGUGCGACUAUCUGUACGGCUUGGACGACUGCCAGUUUCAUCUCGAACAGCUCCUCUGCGCGUUAACUUGUAACCCCGAUUCCGGCAACUACGUGUUCGUGAAGGCCGGCAGACCCAUUCUGCGAGUCUGUCCGACGUACGCGCAAGAAGUGUUUCAGUACUGCAAAGACGUCUCACUGGGCACUGUGCUGGUCGGAGCAGGCUUCCCCACUAAGGAGCUCCUGCUGGGUCGUCUUUUCACUCCGCUCGUGCAAAAGCUCGGCAUUGGAAAUGUCGCCUUCAUUGUUUCCGAGAAAAAUUGCUACAGUGGCCCUGCAGCUCUCCCCGAGCAGCCCGCCUGCUGCGACCCUCUUUACGUCCCUAAGGAGUGCCCCUACGGCUCCGUAGACACAAAGAAAUACGCGGCCUUCAUCGGCCGUUCGAUGGACGGCGGCAAUGCGUCCAACGCUUGCCAGUGGUUCCCACUCCCAGAGGAUCCUAAUGCUGCGCCGCUGCCCGAAAAUCCUCCACUUCCUUACAUUACCGGAGCGGCACAUGACCCACCACCUCCUGAUGUGGGCACACCUUGGUCCUCUGAGCCUGUGCCUAAGAGCAAUCCAAGUGUCAUGAGUUAUAAAGGGGCGGGACGUGUGAAUAUUGCUGGUGCAGCAGCUUUUAUAGCUACUCUGACUGCUGCUGUUAGUGUUUUUGCUGGUUGA